AGUUCCAAAAGUCAGUUCAAAGUAUUGUUUUGAUCUACUUACAUGCCAAAAAAAGUCCAAGCAAAAUGGUUAUCCUUAAUCCCAUUGAAAUUGUCUGCGUCUAUGUGGUGCAGCCCAUCAUUGACUUCCUGGGCUACCUCCUGGAGGUGCACUACGUGGCCUAUCUGUCGGGUCUGGCAGUCAUUGGGAUCAUCAUCGGACUCCUCUUCAGCAUUAUAUCGGUGAUCUGGUAUAAGAGCACUCACGGAGAUGAACCCAAGCAGGUCCCAAAGGAAGAAACACCCAAUUUGGAGGGUGUUUACAUUCAAGAAGGUCCCUCCAAGAAGAAGGACGACUAGAAACAGAUGACAAUUCAGGGGUAGUGGCAUGCGGCUUUCCUUCG